UUUAAUCAAAAUAUGGAAAAAGUUUUUAAAUAUUAAUUUUACUACUGAGGGCACUACUGUCAAAGAUUUGAAUGCUCGUAAUUGUAGGUUAUGACAUUAUAAUGUUAUAAAACUGAGUUGCGUUUUUUUUGCUCCAAUUUUGAUGUGAUAAUUUCAUUAUUUGAAUAAUUUAAAACAAACAAAUUCUCCAACGAUGGAUCAAUAUCGACCUGUAAUUACUUCUCCAAAAGUUUCACCUCAAACAAAUUUAACCGGUCAUAAAAGACUUGUAAAAGAUUUAGCGGCCGAUAUUCAUGCUGAAAUUCAAAAAUGGAAUGAAAUUUUUUUACAUGGUUUAGAUAUUAUAAAGUCAAUUAUGGCAAUCAAAGUUGAUGACUCUUAUCCAGAAGGACUACAAAAUUUAUGUGAUCAAUUAGAAAUGGACGUAGAUAAAAUGGAUGGGAUUGUUGAAAAAUUCAAACGCGCAUCAAGACGAAUCCAUCUUAUAAGCUCAUUAUACAGCGAUGAAAAAUUAUUCAUUACUUGGCCAAUCGAUAAAUUUGUUGAUACUUUUGAAGAAAUUUAUGAAGUCUACAAGGAUGAGGUUGAGGUAAAACGAUUAGUAAUGGAAAAUAUUGCUCAUGAUUAUUCUGAAUCAUGGCAGCAAGUGCAUUUAGCAUUGUGGGUUACUCAACCAAAGAUUCCCUCCAAUAUUAAUUUGACUUUAGAAGCAUUAUUAACAGAGACUGGACAUAGGUAGCAUGAUUGAUAUAACAGUCUAAUAAUUACAACCGUU